GCCAUUUCCUCCUUCCGCCAAUUAUGAUUCAAAUUGCACAAGUCGAUAUUUACAAGCUAAGCAAAAACACGACCCAAUUAAGCAUUUCCAUCCACUAAUUACGUGUUUUGCGAUAAGUCAAGUUGGAAGAAUGGGCUGUAAAAUAAGUUUGGUGUUUCUUUUGAUAAUUGCGCUAAUUGCGGUGAUUAACGCGUCAAUUCCGCCCACCGCCAGCCAAAUCCACGCAAAAUUAAACGCCCAACACCUGCUGAACACCCUCCACCGCCAGAUCAAAGCCAAAGAAGCGGAAAUGCAAAACGCCGAGACCAUCAACCGCAACUUCGAACGCAUGAUCCAACUGGUGAACAUUUUAGGCCAGGUUGAUAACUUCCUAACCGAACGGACGAAAAACGUGAUCAAAAAACUGGCCUUGUUGGUCGAGGACGAGGAGAAAUUCGCCAGCAGUGAGGACUAGCAAACAAUUUUGUACUUUUUCAUUCAUUAAAUAAAGAAAGUUGGCUAAUUAAGUGAAAACGCACAACAA